AUGGAACUUGCCGAAUACCAGUACCAAUCAGACGGUGUUAAAAUGAAGGUGACAGUUUGUGACGCAAACAUAACGCGUUACCUAUCUGGAAAACACAACGAACUGCACGUUUGCUUUUUGCAAGAACAGUCUCAUGUUCCAAUAAUGGGACUUGCAACGUAUAGCUACGACGAUAUCUGGACGCUUGAUAUUAACCGUUUCGGUGAAACACGGCUACCGAAGUGGCUGGAAGAGGAAGGGCUUGUCAAAGGUGAUACUAUUCAAGUUCAGUUCAUUUUCAACGGAGAUGUUAUGUAUUUGAGGCUUGGCAAAAACAGGCAAGAUUGGACAAGCUCCUUGAUGACGAAAUUUAACAAAUCUAUUAAAGUUUCUUUCGUUGUGGAGACUGCGAAGGAGAACUUCUUCGUAAUAAGAGACGACUUAUACCUUGACUAUGUUCUCAAUGGGAAACCACGGAAACUGGGUUAUUGUGCAAGUUGUGCCGACGAAAAUAAGGACAGGCUUGCUGUGGCUAAAUGUGGGCAUUACAUGUGUAUGGCUUGCUGGAAUAAGUGGACGAAAGGAAAGUUUGAAGUGUUGUGUUAUAUUUGCAGCGAAAAAGUCCAUGACCAUGUGAUUGCCAGAUUUCGCGAUAGUCCUUGUCCAGUUGACCAUUGUCGUUCAGGGGACGGCAAUCGAGACCACGUGCUGGUGCCGUGUGGGUGUAUUGUUCGUUGCAUGCCCGAGAAACGUAUUGGAGAAAGCAAGAUUUUUUGCCCCUAUGAGUUAUGUAGCAGACCUGUAAAAGAGAAGUGGGUUUUAUAUUAG